CAUGAAGUAAUUACAGUUUAAGGAAAGGUAGUCGAAAAUGAUAGGAGCAGACGAAGAGGAAUUCCUUGAGCUUCUAGUAGCUAAUGAGCGCAUACAGAACCUGAUAGAUCGCAUUCGUGCGCGUGGCAAUCCUAUUCGGCAAAAGCAGGCGCUGCUCCAACUUAAGCAGUCCGUGGAGAGCCGUGUCACGUACGCGGAGGAGGCGCGCCAGGCUGGGGUUGUGCCGUUGCUCACACGGCUCCUGGGUAUCACAGAUGAUGAGGAGGUGAUGGACGCGGCAUCAGCCGUCAUCGCCGCCUGCUCCGGACCCAUGGCCGCAGCCGGCAAGACGGCUGUGUACUGCUACGACGGCUGGGUGGUGCGCAUCCGCGAGGCGGCGCUGGGCGACGGGCUGGGCGCCAAGGUGUGGCAGGUGGCGCACCUGCUGUGCCUGGAGCUGGCGGCGCAGCGGACCGCCAUCGCACACAUGGCGCGGCAGGCGUCGGCGGCAGCGGGGGCAGCGGAGGCGGCAGAAGUGGGGGUAGCGGGAGCAGGGAAUGGAGUGGCGGAGGGACAAGGGUCUUGGCCGGGGGAGGCGAGCGUGCGGGUGCUGGAGCUGGGCAGCGGCUGCGGCGUGUGCGGCCUGGCGGCGGCGGCAAUGCUGCGGGGCGGCGCGGGCGGGGACGCGGUGCAGGUGGUCAUGACGGACGUGGAGGGGGCGGUGCUGCGCAACCUGCGCGCCUGCAUGCACAUGAACGCCGACGCCGCGGCUGACGCGGAGGCGGCAGCUGCGGCGUCAGCUGCAGGGCAGUCACAACGGCAGCAGACGACGUCCCAGCAGCAGCAGGAGCCCCCUGCCCUUCCCACCGACGAGGAGUUGUUUGAUGGCGCGGAGGAGGUGGACUUCGGUGCCGACCUGCUGUCUGGGCUUAUGAACGGCAGCGGCGGCGGCGAGAGCGCCGCAGGCGAUGACGCCGGCUCCAGCAGCGGCUGUGGCAGCGGCAACCGCGCAUCUGGAACGGCGGGGGCGUCAGGGCCGAAUGCGUGGGAGCGCGGCAACACCAGCGUGCGGCUGUUGGACUGGAUGGAGAGCGUGCGGGCGCUAGAUGAGGGGCCGGAGGCGGCGGCCGCGGCGGCAGCGGAGGCGGCUGCCAAGGGCGGGCAGGACAUGCCGCCGCGGGUGGCGCUGGAGGAGCGGUUUCCGCUCAUCAUCGGAUCCGAGGUGAUGUACGAGCGCGCGCACGCCGAGCUGGUGGCGGCGGUGGUCGCGCACCGCCUGGCCCGUGGCGGCGGCGCGCUGCUGCACUGCGCCGUGCGCGAGCUCAAGGUGUUUGCGCACUUCGCGGCCGAGUGCCGCCGCCGCGGCCUGCGCUACCGCCGCCGGGUGGUGGCGCCCGCCGCCAUCUUCGCCGCCGCGGCCGCCACCAGCGGCGUGCUCAUUGACGGCGCUGGCAGCGGCGGUGCGGGGGCGCCGGCGAUGUGCCCGUUUGAGGGUCUGUUGGGUCGGUCGGAUGAGUACGAGGGGGGCAUCGUGCUGAUGGCGGUGGACCACGCCGCGGCGCCGUGCGGCCACUGGUACCGGGACGACUGGGAGGAGGUGAUGGUGUGAAGCGGCAUGGGGUGCGGGCGGGAGGGAUGGGAGGCCGUGCUCGUGAGGGUGAGCGUGUGGGGCAGGAGCGAAGAGCUGUGUGGGACGCACCUGAUGGCGGCGCGGUGUGCGCGGCGCGUUUGGUGCGAGCGAAAUGAGGGACAAUCAAGGGAAGA